AGCGGCCUUUAGACGAGGAAAGAGAGUGGACUCGUAACGCGCAGAAUUAUUGAAGAGACGCCAUUAUUUGGGUCCUGUUCUUGAAACCGACUCCAAGCUUUUUUUUCUGUGUUUCUGUGUUAUUGUGUAUUAAAGACUGCGACUUUUUUAUUCAAUAAGAAUGGUGUUGUGCUCGGCUUUUGGUUGCAAAAAUCGCAGUGAGAAUAAAGUGCCAGGAAUAACCUUUCACAGGUUUCCUCUUAAAGAUCCAACAAGAAAUGGUAUGUGGCUGAAGAAUAUGCAUCUAGCUGACUGGUUUCCCACAAAAAAUAGUAGGAUCUGUUCAAAGCAUUUUGAAAUCCAUGCUUUUUACAAAGUUGGAAACAGAACCUCUCUUUUGGAUGAUGCAGUCCCUACAAUCUUUGAUGAACUUCCAAAACACCUACAGUCUAAGGUAACAAAGAGACCGCAUCCAAGAUCAAGACAGCUUAUUACACCUACAGCUUCGACAUUUAGGAAAAAUGAUCCUCCCCAAGAAGAUCCAGACACCCCCAGAAAGAAGCAUCUUAGAAGACAGCUUUUUGCAGAAAGGGUAAAGAGCCAAGAGAAAUCAAGAGAAAUAAAAGUUUUGAAUCAGCGGAUGAGGCUCUAUUAA